UAUUACACUGGUUGCUUUGCCUGUACUUCCUUUUCCUGUCAGUGACUCUGAUCGAUCUAAAAUUCCGAUCAUGUCAUCUCUCACAAAUAUUUUCAGUAAUUAAUUAGUAAUUAUCUUCCUUCUAUAUCAUCGCUGAGUUAAAAAUCAAAGCCAGAGAAAAGCAUUAUUGCUUAAGCCAUGGCGACAUUCAUGACAGUAUUGGAAUCCGAUCUUCGCGCUUUAUCUGUUGAAGCGCGGCGGCGUUACCCCGCCGUUAAAGACGGAGCAGAGCAUGCUAUAUUGAAGCUUCGUUCAUUGUCAAGUCCUAAUGAAAUUGCACAUAAUGAGGAUAUUCUACGAAUCUUUUUGAUGGCUUGUGAUGCCAGAACUGUUAAGUUGAGUGUACUUGGACUUUCAUGCCUACAAAAGCUUAUAUCCCAUGAUGCAGUUGCUCCCUCAGCUUUGAAGGAGAUACUCUCCACAUUAAAAGAUCAUGCUGAAAUGGCAGAUGAGAGUGUUCAACUCAAGACCCUACAGACUAUAUUAAUCAUAUUUCAAUCACGCUUACAUCCAGAGAGUGAGGAGAAUAUGGCUCGAGCCCUUCAUAUAUGUCUUCGACUUCUUGAAAAUAGCAGAUCCUCUGACAGUGUGCAAAAUACUGCUGCAGCUACUUUCAGACAGGCAGUAGCAUUAAUUUUUGAUCAUGUGGUUCACGCUGAGUCUCUUCCUGAAAGAAAGUUUGGCUCUGGAGGUCAUAAUUCUCGUUCAAGCUCGGUCACCAGUGAUGUCAAUCGUAGUGUCAGUCAUCCAGAGUGUUUGGGGAAUGAACUUGCUUCUGGAGAACUGCCGACAAGGGCGAUCCUAACAAAUGCUGGAAAGCUUGGGCUUCGUUUACUUGAAGACCUGACAGCUCUUGCUGCAGGUGGAUCUGCAAUUUGGUUGCACGUCAAUUCUCUUAAACGGAUAUUUGCACUUGAUAUACUUGAGUUCAUUCUGUCCAGUUAUGUUGUUAUUUUCAAGACGUUGGGCCCUUAUGAACAGGUCAUGCGUCAUCGAAUAUGUUCACUUCUGAUGACCUCACUCCGAACAAAUUCUGAGGUUGAAGGAGAAGCCGGAGAACCUACUUUCCGUCGGUUGGUCUUGCGAUCAGUUGCCCAUAUAAUCAGGCUUUACAGUUCAUCCCUCGUUACUGAGUGUGAGGUUUUUCUGAGUAUGCUUGUGAAGGUUACUUUUUUGGAUUUGCCAUUAUGGCAUCGUAUUCUCGUGCUUGAGAUCCUGAGGGGUUUUUGUGUGGAAGCACGUAUCUUACAGAUUCUUUUUCAGAACUUUGAUAUGCAUCCCAAGAAUACAAAUGUUGUGGAGGGUAUGGUUAAAGCUCUUGCUCGAGUUGUUUCAAAUGUACAGGUUCAAGAAACAAGCGAGGAAAGUUUGACAGCUGUAGCAGGAAUGUUUAGCAGCAAGGCCAAAGGUAUAGAAUGGAGUCUGGACAAUGAUGCAUCCAAUGCUGCUGUCCUGGUUGCAAGUGAAGCUCAUGCAAUAACUUUGGCGGUUGAAGGGCUAUUGGGUGUUGUCUUCACUGUGGCUACUUUGACAGACGAAGCAGUAGAUGUCGGGGAGCUUGAAUCUCCCAGAUGUGAGUAUGAACCCGUGGCAAAAUUUACCGGGAAGACUGCUGUUCUCUGCAUUGCAAUGAUCGAUUCAUUGUGGCUGACCAUUCUUGAUGCCUUUUCCCUGAUUUUAUCAAGGUCACAAGGAGAGGCUAUUGUGUUGGAAAUAUUGAAGGGAUAUCAGGCAUUUACUCAGGCAUGUGGCGUUCUUAAUGCUGUAGAACCCUUGAACUCCUUUCUAGCAUCGCUUUGCAAAUUUACCAUUAACUUCCCAAGUGAAGCAGAGAGAUAUAGUGCAGUACAGUCUCCUGGAUCAAAGCGUCCUGAGUUGCUUGUCGAACUGAGAGAGAAUGUUAUUCUUACUCCCAAGAAUGUGCAGGCCUUAAGGACUCUCUUCAACGUUGCUCAUCGAUUGCACAAUGUUUUGGGGCCAUCUUGGGUUUUGGUUUUGGAGACUUUAGCAGCUCUAGAUCGAGCAAUCCAUUCUCCACAUGCCACCACACAGGAAGUCUCCACAGCUGUCCCAAAGCUUCUAAGAGAAUCUUCUGGUCAAUACAGUGAUUUCAGUAUUCUGUCUUCUUUGAAUUCGCAGCUAUUUGAGAGUUCGGCAUUGAUGCACAUAUCUGCAGUUAAAUCACUUCUAUCUGCACUGAGCCAAUUAUCACAUCAAUAUAUGUGUGAGGCAUCUGUUGGUUUUGGACCAGUAGUGAAUCAAAAGAUUGGAAGCAUCAAUUUUUCAGUGGAGAGGAUGAUAUCCAUCCUUGUCAACAAUCUUCAUAGAGUGGAGCCACUGUGGGAUCAUGUUGUGGGUCAUUUUUUAGAGCUUGCCAAUAAUUCUAAUCAGAAUUUACGAAAUAUGGCACUUGAUGCAUUAGAUCGAUCAAUAUGUGCUGUUUUAGGUUCUGAACUGUUCCAGGAUCAUGUACCAUCCAGACUCCAUGGAACAUCUCAUGAUAUGGAAAUUAGGCAUGCUCAUUUAAGACUGCUUGAAUGCUCUGUUCUAUCUCCACUUAGAGCUCUGUAUUUUUCCACUCAAAGCUCUGAUGUCCGUGCUGGCUCCUUGAAAAUUCUUCUUCAUGUUCUAGAGAGGCAUGGAGACAAAUUGUAUUACAGUUGGCCUAAUAUUCUUGAAAUGUUAAGGUCUGUUGCAGAUGCGCCCGAGAAAGAUCUCGUCACAUUGGGGUUCCAGAGCCUACGUGUUAUUAUGAAUGAUGGACUUGCUUCCAUACCUACAGAGUGUCUCCCUGUAUGUGUGGAUGUCACUGGCGCCUACAGUGCUCAAAAAACUGAGUUGAAUAUCAGUUUAACAGCAAUAGGCCUAUUGUGGACCACUUCCGAUUUUAUAGCCAAGGGGCUCUUACAUGAGCCUCCAGAAGAAAAGGAAACAAUUAUAGGUAGUGUUGGUGAACAUCCUACUGUGAAAGAAAUGAAUGGUGAAUCAAAGGAAGAGUACACGGUAGAACUGCCUGAAAAAGUGAAAGAUCACAGACCCUCAUUAAAUAUUAUUGAUCGUGACAAGUUGCUCUUCUCUGUUUUCUCAUUACUUCAAAGACUUGGGGCUGAUGAGAGACCUGAGGUUAGAAAUGCUGCUGUCAGGACACUCUUCCAAACUCUAGGAAGCCAUGGGCAAAAACUCUCAAAGAGCAUGUGGGAGGAUUGUCUUUGGAAAUAUGUAUUUCCUGCUUUGGAUCGAGCCUCUCACAUGGCUGCAACAUCAUCAAAAGAUGAAUCUCAGGGCAAAGAGCUAGGUACUCGAGGAGGGAAAGCAGUUCACAUGCUGAUUCAUCAUAGUCGUAACACAGUUCAGAAACAAUGGGAUGAAACACUUGUGCUUGUACUUGGUGGGAUUGCACGUUUAUUACGUUCUUUCUUUCCUUUUCUCAGCAGCUUGAGCAAUUUUUGGUCAGGAUGGGAAUCAUUGCUUUUUCUGGUAAAGAAUAGUAUUUCAAAUGGUAGCAAAGAGGUUACCAUUGCUGCAAUAAACUGUUUGCAGACAACUGUUCUAUCUCAUUGUCAUAAGGGUAAUUUCCCGAUGCCAUACCUUAUCUCAGUACUCAAUGUAUAUGAGCAUGUUCUUCAAACAUCACCGAACUACAGUUAUAAUGCAGUCAGCAAGGUGAAGCAGGAAACACUACAUGGGCUUGGUGAGCUGUAUGUGCAGGCACAAAGGAUGUUUGAUGAUCAGAUGUUCCGUCAGCUGAUUGCAAUCAUUGAUUUGGUAAUCACGCAAGCCAUGGCCCCAAGUGAUAACUUUGACAGUGACUUUGGACAUGUUCCGCCUGUGCUGCGUACUGUACUGGAAAUCUUACCACUAUUACGUCCAACUGAGCAUAUCCCGUCAAUGUGGCUUGUACUUCUUAGAGAGCUUUUACAAUAUCUUCCAAGAUCAGACUCUUUAGAAACCGAAGACGAUGAGCUUAAGCAAGCUGGCAUUAGUGAUAAUAUUUCAGGCAAAAAGACCGGUAUACCCAAUGGUACGGCUUCUGUGAUCCCAAAAGAAGCUGGAGCUCCACGUCAGCAAUCCGGAUCAAUCACAACCUCAUGGGGUGGAACGCUAAGCUAUGUGUUUGCAGAAAAGAUUGUGACUCUGCUGAUGGAUCUUUUUCUACAGGCUCCUAUGGCUGAACAACUUAUCAUAUUUCCUGAAAUUAUACAGAGUCUUGGAAGGUGUAUGACAACAAGAAGAGACAAUCCAGAUGGGUCACUUUGGCGUUUAGCCGUUGAAGGCUUCAAUCGUGUUCUUGUUGAGGACUUACGCAAAUCUGCUACAAACUUCAUAUCAGAUUCAAGAAUUAAUAGAUCUGCACGAAUGCGUAUCUGGAAAGAAGUAGCUGAUGUUUAUGAAAUCUUUCUUGUGGGUUAUUGUGGGCGUGCCAUUCCUUCCAACUCUCUCUCAGCUGAAACACUUAAAGCGGAUGAGGCAUUGGAGAUGACAUUUUUACAUAUUCUGGGUGAUGAGAUUCUUACCUCGCCAAUCGAUGCUCCUAUUGAUAUUCUGGAGCGAUUUGUUUCAACCAUUGACCGUUGUGCUUCACGCACAUGCUCUCUUCCUGUUGAGACGGUGGAACUUAUGCCGUUGCACUGCAGCAGGUUCUCCCUAGCUUGCUUGAAGAAACUAUUUUCCUUAAGCAGUUAUAACAAUGAAGUAAGCGAUUGGAACUUGACGAGAUCUGAAGUUAGCAAAAUCUCAAUCAUGGUUCUUAUAAGUAGAUGUGCAUGCACCAUCAGCAGAUUUUUGAUGGACGAAAAUGAUCUAAGUGAACGUCCUUUACCAGUAGCAAGGUUUGAAGAAAUAGUUUGUGUCCUUCAAGAACUCGGUCAUCUAAGAAUACAUCCAGAAACAGCAGCAAUUCUUCCUUUACCUGUCCAUAUGAGACGUAUUCUAGCUGACAAGGAAGAUCACGACAAACAUCUUCAUCUAUUCGUUCUAUUUUCCCCCCUUUGUGAUCUCAUAAUAUCAAGGGAAGUAAGAGUGAGGGAACUGGUGCAAGCGCUGCUAAGACACGUCACCCGAGAAUUAGCACUUGAAAAGGUUGGCAUUUCUAGUUGAUGUAUGAAAUAUAGAAUUUUAGGUGAGGCAGUUUUUUUUAUUUGUCCUCCAUUGCUUAGUGUUGUAUUAUGCAUGUUUGUACAUUAUAGGUUCUGGUAUUUAAUGUAUUCUUUUUUUU